AGUGGCUUUAUCAAGGUAUUGUUAACAAUUCAUGAUAACUUACAUAACCCCGCCGCACAGCUCCACAACUCUAAUCGCAGGUAUUUUUUAUUUUCCAAAAAAUUUCUCGCAGUUGUUUGUGAUUUUUGAGGAAACUAAGCACUGGAAUAAGCCAGGUACAUAUAAAGAGAGUACCUGUCUCUUCCGUAAUCAGAUCACCUGUACAAAAAGUUAUAUCUCAAUCGCAUACACCCCGCUUGUCGCUCAGCACGAUGAGUAAACGCUCCGCAGAACACGCUGAAGACCCGCUACUGAAGCGCGCAAAGACAGAUGAAUCCGACGCUGCUCCGGUCGAAGAUUCGCAGACUGUGAACGGCAGCGCUUUGGACGGAUUUGGAGAGAAGGGGGUUAUGGAGACUGAUGUCGGGAUCACAGAGUAUUUGGGCUCACACACUGGAGUUCUGGGAUUGUUGAAGCAGCGGUAUACUGAUUUUUUGGUGAACGAGAUCUUGACUACGGGGAAAGUUCUGCAUCUUGAGCAUAUUCCUGUGCAAAUUGAGGUUUCGAAGGAGAAGAAGGAGAAGAAAGAGGAGGGGGAGGAUAGUAAGAAUGGUGACGAGAGUAAAGAGGCAAGCAAAGCAACAGCGGCAGCAACACCAAAAAACUACGUCGUGAACGCAGAGUCGGAGGCCCAGCUCCGCGAGAUCUUGGGCGAAGAAUGCACACUUGCUGCGCUCGAGAUCCUGUCGAGCGAGAAAAAUACAAAGACAGAGUACACGUCAACCAAGGAAGUCACGGAGAAAGCCACGCGCGGGAAGAUUCACCAGCUGAUCCGAUCUGCGUACGGCAGCCUGAUUGAGUCGUCGACCACGGCGGAGAAUAAGUUUUUGCUGCGCAAGUCUGGUGGGAAGAGUUCGCGAGUGCAGGCGGGAGGGCAACGGAAUGGUGGGCGGGGGGAUAACGGGAUGCGGAUCGAUCCGUACGUGAUUGAGCAUGCUGGCGAUCGGAAUCAGUAUAUCGAGUUUAGUAUAUACAAGGUCAACAAGGAGACGAUGGAUGUCUGCCGGUUGAUCUGCAAGUAUCUGCGAAAAGAUCCGAAAUCAAUCACGAUCGCGGGCACAAAAGACCGAAGAGGUGUGACUGUCCAGCGAGCGACGAUGCGUCAGAUCGGACUCGAUCGGCUCGUGAACCUCAACAACGCGCUCAAAGAUAUCGCGCUCUGUGACUUCAGGUACACAAACAGGAUGCUGAAGCUAGGCGAGCUGAUGGGCAACGAGUUUGUUAUUACAAUCAGAGAUGUCCGGUUACCAGGCAGCGCAGACGCGGCUGACGCACCUGUGGAAAAAGUCCAAGCGGCCGUCAAUCAGGCGCUGUCGUCGCUCAGGGAUACUGGAUUCAUCAACUACUUUGGCAUGCAGCGCUUCGGAACGUUUUCCAUCUCUACCCACCAACUCGGCGUCCAUAUCCUCAAGGGAGACUACGCAAAAGCCGUGCGAUUAAUCCUCUGUCCGCAGGAUCUGGCUACGGAAGAGUCAAAAGCUGCGCGUGAGCAGUACGCAAAGGAUCCAGAGGACAUCGAUGCGAUCGUGAAGUUGAUGCCGAAACACUGCACCGCUGAAUGCGCAGUGCUACGCGGGUUGCAGAGGAACUCUACAGAUAUGCUGGGCGCGAUUAUGCAGAUUCCUAGGAAUCUGCGGCUGAUGUUUGUCCAUGCGUACCAGAGUUAUGUAUGGAAUAGCGUGGUGUCGACUCGGAUUCAAAAGUAUGGCGUGAAGGUGCUCGAGGGAGAUCUAGUCAUUGCGGAAGAUCAUAAGGAUAAACUCGAUCCUGCGUUGACGGUCGCUGACGCUGACGAUGGAUUUGAGGAGGAUGUGCUGCAAGAGCGGGAAGCAGAGGUGCGUGCUCUUACGAAAGAGGAGGUCGAGUCUGGCCUGUACUCGAUCUACGAUAUCGUGGUUCCAUCUCCCGGAUUCGACGUCGAAUAUCCUGCUUCGUUGCUCGAAAUCUACAAAGACAUCAUGUCGCGCGACGGCCUGGAUCCCAAACACAUGUACCGCAACGUCAAGGAAUUCUCCCUCUCUGGCGCGUACAGAUAUAUGCUCUCCAAGCCCUUGAGUCUAGAAUGGGAUUUCCGACGACACGAUAACCCGCUCCAGCAGCUCGUCAACACCGAUCUCGAGAUUCUGGAAAGUAAAGAAAAAGGAGUGGACUGCUCGCGUGUUAUCGAGCAGGAAGCUCUGGGCGAUGGUUCGAGACUGGGACUGGUGGUGAGAAUGAAGCUCGGCACUGCUCAGUAUGCUACUAUGGCUUUAAGGGAGGCUAUGAGGAUGGAGACGUCAAGAAGAGGCGACAUGCUCCAUGUUCGGUUGCAAGGUACCGCCAAGCGUGACAGUGCGGAGGCCGGUGCAGAGAGCACCCCGUUGUUGUAGACAAUGUAGAUAUAUUGUAUUAUAUACUCGUGGAUAUGAAUUCCAUCAUGAAUUGCAUUCAAUAUACGAUUGUGAAGAUGGUAAUCUGUAGGGUUGAAACAAAGAAGUCCGCUUAUCUUAUCAACUUUUGAGUUCAGAGCUUAUUGCUAUCGGAUGUUCAUCAUCGGACC